CAGUUCCCCAACUUUUCUUACCGCUGCGACCGAGUUCUGGUGCCCCGGAUUUCAGAUUUUCCGUAAAAUCAACCACAACUCUUAAAAAUGAGACUGUCCCUGCUGCGCGCGGCCCGCCUUAGCCCUGCCCUCAAGGAACUGCGCGUGCACCUGUGCCAAACCGGCGAGGAGUCCAAGGGCGUUCGGGAGUUCGUCAGCAGCCAGUACGCGGCCCUGAAGCGCGACAACCCGAAGCUGCCGAUCCUGAUUCGGGAGUGCAGCGGCGUUCAGCCCCGGCUGUGGGCCCGAUACGAAAUGGGCAAGGAAAAGUCCGUCUCGCUGACCAACGCGGCCGCCGCCGAUGUCGCCAAGCACAUUGCCCAGCUGGGACAGUGAGUUUGGCCAGGACGAGUUGCGAAUAGAUUUGUUUGAAUUGUUAAUUUGAAGGAGGAAUAAAAUUGUGAAAACUGA